GCGCAACUGAUUCGGGCGUUGAAGCAGACGUCCAAACAGUUGCAGAGAGUGCGGCAGUUGUGUGAAUGUGGAUUGAUUGUAUUUUUUUCUUUCACUGAUCCGGUAUUUAAUUACCGGACACUGUGGUACAAAUGCACGCAAAAGAUAGGUGGAUGUACUUUAUUUUAAACUGACCUUCAUUUGUAAGUGAAACGUAAAGCCUAUACUUUUUAUACGAGGCUGCUCUGACGAAUAUUUCCUUGGCAGGCAGCAUGGCUGUGAAUGGUUACAGAUGCAAGACACAGGACCAGUCCUUGCGGUUCAAAAGGCGGCAUCAUAUGGAAUAUACGUGUGUUUUAGUGUGGACAAUAGCUUUAUUAGCAAUAACGUUAUGGAUUCAAGAUGUAUCUGCAGCUGACAUAAAUUGUGCGAGCGUCCGCUACACGUAUGAAGAAAGGGGUUUCAGUGCUGGAGAGGUGCCGAAUGAUCCAUUGUCAGGGGAACACCUGCGCGUUUGUCCGCAAGGACUAACAUGUUGCACAGAAGAAAUGGAACAUAACCUAAGUGCUCAAAGUCGACAGGAAUUCGAUCGUGCGGUUAAGGAUACGCUCAACAAACUUGGAACACUUCUUAAACUAAGAGCACAGAGGUUUGAUGGUUUCUUCAAAGAGUUGCUGGCAACAUCAAAGCGGGAGUUCCACGACAUGUUCAAGAGGACAUAUGGUAUUAUCUACGAGCAAAAUUCAUAUGUCUUCACCGAUUUAUUUGAAGAAUUGGAGCGCUACUAUACUAAGGGCCAAGUUGACCUGGGAGAAGCAAUGGAAACAUUUUUCAGUACUCUGUACCAAAAAAUGUUCACCGUCCUGAAUGCUCAGUAUGACUUCGAUGAAAAAUAUCUCGGGUGUGUUGGUGAACAUAUGAAGGAACUAAAGCCAUUCGGCGACGUUCCUCACAAAUUGUCCGUUCAGUUGAAGCGAUCUUUUGUGGCUACGCGGACAUUUUCACAAGCGCUAAAUGUGGCCACUGAUGUUGUUACUAAUAUGGUAAAGAUCAAUCCCAGUCCGGAUUGUGUACGGGCACUUACAAAGAUGACUGGCUGCCCAGCUUGUCAGGGACUUCCAGAGCUAAAGGCUUGCAGCAACUACUGCAUUAAUGUAAUGAAAGGGUGUUUAGCCUACCAGGCAGAACUCGACGGAGACUGGAACAACUUUGUCGAUGCAAUGGAGAAGGUCACAGACAGGUUACUAGGUCCUUUCAAUAUUGAGAUGGUGGUGGAACCCAUUGAUAUCAAGAUAUCUGAAGCUAUUAUGAACUUCCAAGAGAAUGGUCCUGAAGUUUCGCAGAGGGUGUUUAGUGGCUGCGGAAAACCUUUAUUAGGUCGCAGGCGACGUGACACAACGGAAUUGGAGUUCGAAUCUUUGCAGUUUGGAAGAUCUGAAGAAGAUCAAAGUGGGCAAAGUAACUUUGUGCCUACUCUUGAUAAGCUAGUCAAGGAUAUCAGGCAGAAGGUGAAGGACACAAAACAGUUCUGGUCACAUUUGCCGUACCAGAUUUGCAAUAACGACCACGUGGCUGCUAGUCCAUCCAAGGAUGACAGCUGUUGGAAUGGAGCUAUGAAAGCAAGAUAUGAACUCCAAAUCGCUGGUGAUGGCAUAUCCAACCAGCAAACUAACCCAGAGGUUGCAGUAGAUGUGAAUCGACCAAGUAGUCUACUUAAUGAACAGAUGUUUGCACUGAAAACCAUUACCAGUAAGCUGAAAAAUGCUUAUAAUGGACUGGAUGUUGAAUGGAUUGAUAUUGAAGAAUCUUCAUAUGGGUCUGGGAGUGGCUCUGGUGAUGGCAGUGACACUGAAGAUGACUUAGAGGGGUCUGGAGAUUCAGGUCACUUUGGGUACGGAUCUGGUACCAGGACCGGAGGAUCUUCGGGUGGAACGAAACAGUACCCUCAGCCAACUAACAAUGAUAUUGAUGACACUUUUCACCCUGUGGGUUCUGGUGGUGAGAUAGACAGGCAUGGACCAAGAAACAAUACCAGCGGUGGUUCGUCUACAACUGGAGGACCACAAAUAUCUGUUACACGUGCUGUCACGUCUUACCUCCUUUCCAUUGUUGUUAUGUGGUUCGGUGGAAUGUUUUCUGAUUGGCUGUGAUGAAUAUCCUUUUUGUUUUGUUAACAUCACAUUAAUUGUAGGCAUGGAUGAAAGAGAAAAAUCCUCAGUGUUUUCAUUUAGGUGCUUGAGUCAUCUGGAUUCAAAAGCUGAUCUAGUCCCAGUAUGCAAUUAUAUUUGAAUAUGAUGAGCAGAAAGCAGUGGUCAUGCAGAAGUCCUUGCACAUAUUUUCUGUUCUUAAGUCAUUACAUUCCAAAUAAUAAUGUUCUCUAUUACUUUAAGUGCAAAGUGAGUUGGAAUACAAUGCAAACAUCAUACAUAAAUUUCAUACUCCUUUCAGGAUUUGUGCUUGCUGCCCACACGACUUAAGUGUAGAAAUAUUGAAUGAAUAAGUGCUACCAGUACUGCCAAUUAUAUAAUCUUAUUAAUCUGACAAAUGUCCAGUAACCUUUCAGUUAUGUGGCAGAAUACCAGGAAAGCCACAUAUGUGAGAUAACUUAAAACUUUGCAUACCGUGUAGUGUAUUAGAAUAUAAAAUAAGCAAUAGUUUGUUUGUUUGCUUAUUUUAUAUUCUAAAGAGAUAACUGAUCAGUGAAGUUUAACAUUGACAAUGUAUUUAAUUUUAAUUAUUUAAUCCGUGGCGUAACAGCUCCAGAGAGCCAAAGCCGACUAGCUUGACUGCUGGCCUCA